UUCUCUCCGCUAUUUCAUCUCAUGAAAGGCGACACCUUUCGAUCUUUUCUCUCCCUCUUCGAUUCGCCCUAAGAUUCUUCUGUGUCAUCUCGUCUUCGAUCUGAUCCCUGUAGAAAUCUCCACAUUGAUAAUAAGGUUUUUGAUCCCUAGGGGCGUGAAUGUUAACCUAAUUUCGCAACCUUCGAAGCAGAGAGCAAUGGCGGAUUCAAUCAAGGAGAGGUACACAGUCGGAUACGCCCUCGCAGCGAAGAAGCAGCACAGCUUCAUCCAGCCUUCGCUGAUCGAACACUCGAGGCGACGAGGCAUUGAUCUAAUCAAGCUCGAUCCGGCGAAGCCGCUAUCGGAGCAAGGGAGACUCGAUUGCGUAAUCCACAAGCUAUACGACGCCGUUUGGAAGGAGAACCUCGUCGCGUUUCGCGACAAGUUCCCCUUCGUCCCCGUCGUCGACUCCCCCGAGGCGAUCGAGAGGCUUCACAACAGGGUGUCGAUGCUCGAGGUGAUCACUCAGCUGACCUUCUCCGUCUCCGAUGGGGAGCGUUUCGGAGUCCCGAAGCAGGUUGUCGUGAUGGACGAGAGCGUUUUGAGCGGCGGAGGAGCUGCUUUGGGGGAGGAGCUGAAGUUUCCGGUGAUCGCUAAGCCCUUGGACGCGGACGGGAGCGCGAGGUCUCACAAGAUGUUCUUGAUCUACGAUCAAGAAGGGAUGAAGAUACUUAAAGCUCCGAUUGUUCUGCAGGAGUUUGUGAAUCACGGUGGCGUGAUCUUCAAGGUCUACGUGGUGGGAGACUACGUGAAGUGCGUAAAGAGAAGAUCUUUGCCUGAUAUUUCCGAGGAGAAGAUCGGGACGGCGAGAGGGUCGCUUCCGUUCUCGCAGAUAUCGAACUUGACUGCUAACUGUGCUCAGGAGGAGAAGAACAGGGAGGAGUAUGGAGAGGAUAGGAGCUUGGAGAAAGUGGAGAUGCCUCCGACGAGUUUCUUGGAGGAGCUGGCGAAGGCGAUGAGGGAAUCGAUGGGGCUUAAUCUGUUUAACUUUGACGUGAUUAGGGAUGCGAGGGAUGCUAGUAGGUACCUUGUGAUUGAUAUUAACUACUUCCCUGGGUAUGCUAAGAUGCCGUCUUACGAGCCUGUGUUGACGGAGUUCUUCUGGGACAUGGUCACAAAGAAGAAGAGUCAUGUCUGAGAAUAAUAAUCUCGAGAAACAUAUCUUAGAGAGGAUUACUACACAUUGCAAUUGCCAUUGCAGACAUCUCGAGGCUGUCCUAUGGUGGUGACUUAGCUUGCUCUGCUAAUUUUUCAUUUGGAUUCUUGAACUUUUGUGCUUUUUAAAAAAAAAAAAAAAUUGUUGUUAUUAUUUCUUAGUUGUUUCGUCUGUCUUUUACUUCCAAGUUUUGCAAAGGUUGUUCAAUGCAUAACUGUUGCCUACUCUUGAAAAAGCAUUGGAUUUCUAA